AUGUCUGAGGUCACAUCACGGUCCUCCGCCUCGCGCGGUAGAGGCUCUGGCCGCGGCGGUCGCGGUGGUUUCGCUGGUCGCGGCGGUCGCAGACCCAACGGCUCCGACAAGCCUGAUCACAGCGACUCCCCUGCCGCCUUUGACGACGACGCCGACCUAGGCGAGCUCCGAAAGCUGUAUGGAGAUAAGACUUCUGUCAUUCGCGAGAUGUUCCCAGAUUGGUCCGAGGCCGACGUCCUUUUUGCCCUCCAAGAGACAAACGGUGAUCAAUCCGAGGCUGUCACGCGCAUUGCCGAAGGUACCAUUUCUCAAUGGGGCGAGGUCUCGAAGACCAAGAAGCCCGCUCGCACAAAGGCAAAGGACGCUCCGGCUGCCGCUAGUACCACGAACGAACAGACGACUGCUCCCCGCGCCGCUCGUGGCGGCCGCACCGUGUCCGAAGGUGGCCGAGGACGAGGCCGAGCUACAGAGAGAGGCGGUCGUGGUGGUGCCCCUCGUGGUCGCACCGCCCAGCCCUCUACUAACGGUGCCACGCGCAGCAAGGAGAACCAGCAGUUGUCCGUCCCUACUGAGGAGUCCUCUGCUUGGGGCGAGACAAAGAUCAAGGCUGACCCCGUUGAGACCAAGCCUGUUACUGAAUUACCUGCCAGCCAGCCUGCUGCCGCCGCCGCCAAGACAUGGGCCAGCAUGCUUCGUCAGUCCACUGCCGUUGACAAGCCUGCUCCUCUGCAAGGUCACCCCAAGAGCAAGCCCGCCGAAGCUGCUGAACCCGCCGAAGCCCCCCAGGCUCUUCCCACUCCUGCCCCCGCCCCCGCUCCUGCCGCCGAAGACACGGCCAAGACCGACGAGAAUCCGACCCCCGUUGCUACCCACGCCGACCUGGUUAUUGAAGAGCCUGCGCUUCCUCCACCCAAGGACGAUCUCACAGAGACAAAUCUUGAACAGGUUAUUGACGACUCCCAGCCAGCUGCGACUGGCACCGCCGCAAGCACUGCCGCUGACUCUUGGGAUCCACGACAGAGCCCUAUUAGUUCCAACGCUACUCCUCUAUCCGCUGCUCACCAGCAGCACCAGCGGGCGCCAAUCAGUGGCUACGCAGCUUCCGCUCUCAAGGCCACCACGGACAGAACUUCCCGCCCGCCCGGCUUCCAGCGCCGUGUUCUUGACCAGGAAGAGGCUGUCCGCAUGCCCGGAAACCGUGAGGUUGAUCGCGCUGCUGUCCAGUUUGGCGCUUUCAAUCUGGGCGAAAGUGAGGAAGAUAUUGAUGGCGAACGUGAGGACGCGGAGACUCGCGGCCAGCCCCCUGCCGAUUCUCCUGUUACCCAGCCUCGUACUUCACUGCCUCCUCCUGUUGCUCAACCCUCUGCUGUCCCGGAUACCUUCCCCAAGACCGCUGCUCCUGGUGCUGCACCUUCUGCCCAAAUCCCUACGCAACCCGCCCAGCCUGCUAUCCCCGGCCAACAGUAUGGUCGUUUGGGUCAAGAUCCCACCGUUCAGAAACCUAUCGAUCCCUUUGGUCAGCAGACCCCCGCAUCUCAACCACCCUUCGACAGCUUCCCUGCCACCACGCAAGCCCCCUCCCAAGGCGCCUUCAGCUCUGCUCCCUCCGAUUACUCCAACUACUACACGGCCAACAACCAGCAGGAUCGUAGCGCCUAUCAUAACUACUACACCCAACAGUACGGUCAGCAGCAGGUUUCUCACGGCCAACAUGAUGCACAACAGCGACCUCUUGGCAGCUACAACGCUGCUCAGGCCGAUAGCUUGAGCCAAUAUCCUCAAAGCGCAGGCUCACACGGCCAGCCUCGUUUUGGCGUCGCUGCCGACAACCAAAACAGCGGCCACUCCACCCCUAACCCUGCUGCCCAAGCCCAGCAGCAGAUUCCUCAGGGCCAGCAGGCUCAGCCCGGUCAGCAAGGACAGGCUGGCACCCCUGGCUCCCAACCCCAGGGCCAUGGGCAACAGUACCCUGGCUACAACCACCCCUCCUACUACCCAUACUACCACCAGUAUUACUCUGGAUAUGGCCAGGGCAACUUUGGUCCGUAUGGAAAGGGCGGCAUGUAUGGCCAACCCUAUGGCGUGUCUCCCAAUGCGCCUUAUGACCACGCCAGCUCUCCCGGCAAUUUCGCUCCCUCCAACGCCCACCGCGAUAACAGCGCCAGCUCUGGCCUGGGUGAGUAUGGCCGUGGAGGUGCGGGCCAGACUGGCUCUCAGCCCGGCCUCGGUGGUGCCGGCUUUGGCGGCUCCCAUGACGGCUUUGCCCGCGGCGGCUCUGCCUUCCAGUCGCAGGCUCAAGGGUUCAAUAGCCAGAACCAACCUGGCGCCGGUGCCUCGACCGGUGAUGAUCUGAAGCCUUUUGGUGACGGUAAGGGUGCCCCCGGACCCUCCCCCUCUCUCGGCGGCGCUCGCCCUGGGUCAGCCACCAACACCGGUCCGGGUGGUCAAGCUAGCGGCUUGCCUCCUCAAAACUCCCAGAUGAGCGGUGCCUACGGCGGCUACCCUAACCACCUGCAGGGCCAUGCUGCCCAUGGCAGCGGCGCCUACGGAAUGGGUGCUGGUGGUGCUGGUGCUAACCAGCACGGUAACACGCCUUACGGCUCCUACGGCAACCAGGGGUUCGGUAGCGGCGGCUACUACGGUGCCAACCAGCAGCAGCGCGGCUGGGGUGGCAACUACCAUUAG